AUGGCCGACAUCAAAGUGAAAAACUCCGACAAUCGGCGUCAGUCAAUUCGGUUACAACGAAGAGCACCGGCGUCGAUACAGAUAAACCGACCAUCCGAUUGGAAUGUGGCGAUACCUCUUUUAUCACCGUUGGUAACGUCACCGUCGGCGCCGCAGUCAAAAAAGUUAACGGCUGAGAUCAGACGGCCUGAUGAUAAUCAGAGCACGGAGGCCGCGAAGGAGAAGGCGGUGGUGUUUAAGAAGUGGCAGCACCCGGCGGCGCCGUUCUGUUACGAGCCGGCUCCGUUGGUGGCGUUUGUUUGA